AUGGUCAAAGCUGUCAGAGCUGCAGGCACGCUCGUCAAAUGCGACGCGUCGAUCAAAGCCAUGUUGGUUGACAUUGACAGCAAGAAUGGCAACGAGUACAUCAUCGAGGAACUAGACGAGGAGCACAUUCUUGUCAAGGAGACCAAGGUUCACGAGCUCAAGAGUCGUCUCAACCAGAUGAUGAAGGAACGACUCAAGGAGCCUGACACGUCGGACUCGGAAUGA